AUGAUGCAUAUGGAUAGAGUAUUGAAGAAAACUUGCAAUAAUAUUUCCAUUUCACUAUGCUCUGCACGAACACAAGCUGUAAACUUCCGUUUAACUCAUAAAUUUAUACUUGGUUUGAUCCACAGCACUCCUUUUGAUCUCAUUGCAUGUAAGAUGUUGAUGUCUUUUAAACCUCUCGAAUUGAAUGAUUAA